AUGGCUACCACCGAAGAUCGAGUGCUUGCAAAGCCUGCCGACCUCUGUUGUCUCAAAGGCUCCAUCCAUACCGGCGAGCAGAAGGGGGUGAUCGAAAGCAUCAAUGGAGUAGACACCUACGUGUCCAAGCCCAACCCGGACACAGCAAACAACAAUGUUAUUCUAUUCUUUCCUGAUGCAUUUGGACUUCAUAUCAACAGUUUCCUAAUGAUGGAUUCAUUCGCUGCCUGCGGGUAUCUCGUCUUAGGCGUUGAUUACUUCCUUGGAGAUGCGGUGACGAAGCAUUCCAAGACGCCUCUCAGCGAUCCAAACUUUGAUUUCCAGGCUUGGAGAAACAAGCACCUGCCGUCUUCUGAAGAAGUUGCCGUGAGAUGGGUCAAAGAUGUCCACGCAAAAUACGGCAAAGAUCCAGAUACAAAAUUCGCCUGUGUGGGCUACUGCUGGGGUGCGCGAUUCGUCUGUAGCCAGCUGUCCAAGACUGGCAUAUGCAAGGUCGGCGCCGUCGCUCAUCCCUCUUUCAUGAUGGAGAGUCAUGUGUCCGGGAUUGAGGCGCCCAUCUUCUUCUCGGUUCCCAAUACCGAUGCGCUCUUUGUGCCCGAGUCGCGAAGCAGAACGAUUGAAAUUCUAACGGAAGCAAACCGAGAUUUCAACAUGCAGAUCUUCUCAAAGGUUGGCCACGGGUUUGCCACACGAGCAUUUCUGUCCGAUCCCUACGAAAGAUGGGCAAAGGAGCAGAGUUUCAAGAGUUUUGUAGAUUGGAUUGAUCACUGGCUCUCAGAGAAGUGA